AUGAUUUAUUUAUAUUUUGAUAAUAAUCUAAAUAUAACUAUGAGGUAGUAAUAGGCAUAAUGACGCUUAAAAUGAAAUAAAAGAUCGAUAGGAAUGGUGAUGCUGAACUUGAAAUAGGUUUUGAUGAAUAAAAAUAGAAAAAUGUGUUUUUUACAAAAGUAGAAGAGUAAACAUAUUUAAGGCCUAGCUAUAUCUGUAAUAUAAUGCUGUUAGGCUUUUGGUUCAUAUUAAUUUGAGAUUUGGAGAAGGAGAGGGAUAUUUUUUGAGUAUCUGAAGAACCAAGAAAAAUGAUCGUACACUCAAUUACUUAAAUAAAAGAAAUGUGUGGACUAAUAUGAAACCUAAGAGUCUAAGAGAAAAAUGAAUAAAUCAGUAUAAAAUUGUUGUUUUAGUAUGAAAAAAGAAAAUUUGGGUCAGGC